AUACUACUUGUUUACGGGGAUUCCAUCUUGAUACCAUAAGAAUUCCAACUGUUUUAAUUUUGAAAUAUCCGGUGCCCGUUUCCGAAAAAAGAAUGUUACUCCAUUCAUGAAAAAUGUUUACUACGCCAGGAAAAUAUGCUCUUGUUCAUUACGUAAUUCAUAAAAACUAUUCCUAAUCACUUAUCUACUCUUUAAUGUGUUUUUAUGUUGGCGUGGCGUGCUCCCGUUUUGGUAAGAUGCUAAAUGCGGGGUUUCCUUCCGCCAUGCUUGCGACUUGGAAGACAGGAAAUUCUUAUAGAUGACGACAGAUGACUCAAUCAACAAUAUAUAAAGGGGAAGAUGCAAUUCAGAAAACACAACACAAAACUGAGAAACAGACAAGAGAAGCAGCAAGAAGCAGAAAUUAACAAUCAGAGAGAAAAAUAGCAGCAAAUCUGAAAGCAACGGCAGAAAACAUCAUGAGAUUCUAUGCAGUUUUGAUAAUGACAACCUUUGGGUUGACUCUAACGACAUCCAAUCCUCUCUCAGGUGUAUCUGAAUGCCAGGACAGCAUUGCAGAUGUUGUAUUUGUGUUGGAUUCUUCCCGAAGUAUAUGGGAGCCGGACUUCUAUAGACAACUCAACUUUGUUGAAAAUAUCGUCAAACAGUUCAAAAUCAGUCCAAACAACACACAAGUGGGUGUCGUCACAUUUGGGCAAUACAAUACACUCCGAUUUCACCUGAACAAGUACCACGACGCCACCAAGCUACAAAAUGCCAUAAGCACGAUCCGCUUCAAGCCUGGCAGAUCAACAAAUACUGGCGGCGCUAUCAAAUAUAUGUCAAAUGUCAUGUUUACGGAAGGCAAUGGCGCAAGAAAAAAUGUCCCAAAAGUAGCAGUGGUCAUCACCGAUGGAAGAUCUUCCGAUACCAUUAAAACAGCAAAGGCUGCGCGUGUUGCACGUGAGCGGGGGAUCCAUCUCUUUUCCAUAGGUGUUGGGACCAAGUUUGACAGAAAAGAAUUAAACAACAUCGGCAAUAAACCAUCAAAAGAGUAUGUUUUCACUGUUAACAAUUACAGCGCUUUGAAGAACAUUCUGAAUAAGUUUGCAGUCAAAACAUGCCAAGUGACAACAACACCACAACCAACAACCACGACUACCACAACAACCACAAAAGCCACCACGUCUACCUCACAACCCACUACUACUACUACUACUACUACCACCACACAGCCCACAACUACCAUUACCACACAAUCUACCACGACUCAAGCUACCACUUCCUCGUUCAAAAAUGGAGAACAAAGUGACCAAUCUUUUGUGCAAGCAUGUAAUGGAAAGCCAGCAGAUAUCUAUUUUGUCAUGGACUCCUCAAGGAGUAUUGGAUCCAGAAAUUAUGAGAAACAGAAGACAUUCGUCCGCAAGCUUGUAAGUGCCUUCGAUAUCUCGAGCUCCAACGCCAGAAUCGGAGUCAUUACCUAUAGCAACGAUAUCAAAGUCGAUAUCCCUCUUGGUUCUAUUUCGGUUGUACCUGAGCUCCAAAAAGCAAUUGAAAAUCUCCCGUACCAUGCAAAAGGAACAAACACGGGAGACGCCAUCCAAUUUGUAAGAAAAGUGGGAUUCGUCAAAGGCGUUUCUAGACCUGGAGUCGCUCAGAUCAUGAUAGUUCUAACAGACGGACUCUCCAUGGAUACACACAAAACCCGUAAAGAGGCUUCUCUAGCUCACGAUGCUGGUAUCUACGUAUUUACUAUUGGAAUCGGAAAUGGUGUUGAUGCAGUUGAGCUGAGUGCCAUUGCCAGCAAUCCAGAUAAAGAUUUCCUUUUCCAUGUAAAAAGUUUCGAUGCUUUGAGUUCCAUUAGAACGUUGCUUGCCACCAGAACAUGUGAAAUGUUGCCUAAAGAUGCAGCUUCAUCAUCACUUGUUCAAUUACCAAAGUAUGGAAUGAUGGACAUCGUAUUUGUUGUCGAUAUAUACGGAAUCGGAGCCCAGAAGACCCUUAUCAUCAACAAAUUCAUCUCUUCCAUAAUAAAAAGGAUCAACUUUGGAGUGGGAGACAUUCAAGUUGGCCGUUUGACAGCUGAUUGUCCAGAAAUUUCACAAACUGGUCUGGUUCCAGCUACGUCGUGGACUGGUGUAUCCAAGAUUACGUUUCCUGGACUCAGUGGUCUCAUUAACAAACUCGACGCGUUUUUCGUCAGUAAUGGUGGUAGACAUGGUGCGCAACGAACCGUGGUGGUAUUUGUAGAUGAACAGGAAGAGAAUGUGAUGGACAUCAUCAGCAAACUCCACUCCUACUCAGAUAUGAACAUCAUCACCAUUAUUCUUGGCCAGGAAGAAAAAUACAUCUUAGAGGAGACAAAGACUAGGAAGUACAUCUACGUACCAAGUUACGAUCAGCUCCUCAAAUUCACAUUGCCAUGUUUAAAACAACUUUGCUUCUGUGAUGCUGCAUAGAGUUUUACGUAAACUUACGUGACUGUGAUAAUUGCAUUCCAUUUAUUUUUUACAAAAUUAUUUGUUAUUUAUUUCAAUAUCUUUUACUAAAUGUAUUGGUGAUUUUUUAUUAUACAUUUUAUACAAUUUUACUACUGUAUUUAAGAAUAAAAUUACUCAUAAAAACCUU